CCCCGUGAUUUCCCUGAGAGCUAGGCCAUGCACUCAAUGAGGUUUUCCCCCUUUUCUUUUCUUUUUCUUGCUCUCCUGACACCGUAGCCUACUUCUCCUUCCAGUCCAUCAUGGCAUCCCCGCGGCUGGAGACUUUCUGCUGUCCGAACCGAGACGCAGCGACAGAGUUUGUGGUCACCUUCCAGCCCGUCCUGUUCGGGGCGUUAAGCAUCGGCAGCGCGACUUUGAGCCUUUUAUUCUCCAUAAUACAAAUUUUGCCAAAACGCAAGGGUUACAGAAGACUUGGACAGUAUCCUCUACCAAAGCCUGCGUCCUCGUCACGAAUAUUGUUCAUCAUCAGUAUAUGUGAUAUAUUGGGAUGCACAGGUAUCAUUGUAAGGUCAUCCAUCUGGCUGGGCCUGCCCAACAUCAUUGACCGCAUCUCAGUGGCCAACAGCAGUGACGUCUGGCCAGAGGUCUUCUGCGUUGGCAGUGCAAUGUGGAUCCAGUUGUUUUUCAGCGCUUCGUUCUGGUGGACCUUCUGUUACGCUGUUGACGUCUUCCUGGUGGUGAAAACCUCUGCAGGAAUCAGCACCAUCAUCCUCUACCACAUGAUUACAUGGGGUCUGGCUGUGCUGCUAUGUGUUGAAGGUGUGGCCAUGCUGUACUACCCAUCCAUCUCCAACUGUGAGAACGGCCUCCAGCACGCUAUACCACACUACGUCACCACAUACGCCCCGAUGCUGCUGGUCCUCAUCGCCAACCCUGUGUUCUUUAUUCGCACCACAUCUGCAGUGACAUCUUUACUCAAAGGACGGCAAGGAAUCUACACAGAAAAUGAGAGGCGCCUGGCCACUGAGAUAAAAAUACGCUUCUUUAAAAUAAUGCUGGUCUUCUUUAUUUGCUGGGUGCCCAACAUCAUCAAUGAGAGCCUCCUGUUUUUCCUGGAGAUGCAGGCCGACAUCGAGGACAACAGUCUGAGGAACAUCAGAAACGCAGCCCUUAUCACAUGGUUUAUCAUGGGUAUCCUGAACCCCAUGCAGGGCUUCCUAAACACCCUAGCUUUUCAUGGCUGGACAGGAUUUGAUGUGGAUUUCAGCCUGCAGAGGAGGAGGGAGCUGGCCUGGGACUCAGUUUCCACCUCAGUGCCCAAUACAGGGGGCUACAACCCCAUGGUGGGCACCACUCUGCUCUACCAGAGUCAUGUGCAGGAAGCCAAGAAGGGCAUGACGGGCAACGGGCAGCAGCCCUCCGACGCCAUCAGUGUGCUCUCAGAAGGUUCAGAGUCUAGUACAGUUGAAAUCCACAUUUCCAGCGAGCUACGAGACUAUGAGGAUGUAGACGCUGAUGGAGAAUCCUUGGAGAACUCUGUGAGACACUAGCUGGGGUCACCAACUUCGCGCCUCCUUCUCUGUGAUCACGCUCCUUUUUUCAGUCACAUUUUGGGUUUAGACCUUUCUCUUAGCUGCUCCUAAACUGUGAAAAUAUUUUUUUCACAAUUUAUUUAUCUUUUCUGUAGCCUGCCCUCCAGUUUCCUAUCGAGAUUUCCCAGCAAUGAAAUGGUUUUUGAUAUUUCAUUAGCCGAUAAAACAGCACGAGUCAACCCCUUGAUUGCAAGCCUUUAUUUCUUCCUAGCACUGAGCCCUUUUAAUCAGUAUGCGAAACUGUGUGGUGUUACAUUAUUGACCCAUCAACUGUACAGUAAUUGAAUAGUCCCAAAGCUACUCCGCUGUCUUAUGUUACAGUCAGAUAGUCAAUACAGCAAACCUGACAUUUUCUUAUUGAUGAAUAACUCAGAGCUUGACCUUUAAAUGUGCCUUAAUUACUUGAAGAUACAAUUCUUCAAGAAAAAAGCAUUCAAUAUGAAGGUUUUGUGUUGAAUAUAGUAUUAAGCUCCUUUAGCACAAGAGAAUGUAAUAAGCUAAUGAGUCUCUUUUUCUUUUUUUUUUUUUUUAAAGGAUUGAGGUAAUUAUGUUUUGACUCCACAAAGUUUUAGCUGUCCUUGUAUUUUUACUACUUCUACCACCUAUUUUAUACAGUAUUAAACAUCAACAUUUAUUAAGGUUUUGUUGGUGACAGUGUUCCUUCAUGGCUUUGGAGUGAUUGCAGAGGGCUUAUCAUUUGUGACCAUUUCCUUGUUAAGUAUUGUUGCC